AGCGGCGUCACAGACUCAGUUUGUUUGGAGUCAGCAAACGGGAGGUAUGGGGGUGAGGUAAGGUUGGAUUGGGCCGGUUUGGGUUAUUUUCCGCCGGGAUUUGUUAAUGAUCUGGAUCCAUUAUCGAGCCCCUAUUAAAGUAUUCGAGGGUGGGAAGCGGCGUUUGCACACGCUCUAUGCACCCGCUGUAUUCUGGAGUUACAAAAUAAAAAGCGAAGAGGCCGAACUACUCGAGCCGUAAUGGACGACAAGAAAGAAGAGGGCGAGGCCGAAAUACAGGAACACGGACCCGAGCACUGGUUUAGUAAAUGGGAGCGGCAGUGUCUGGCGGAGGCCGAGCAGGAGGAACAACGCGAAGAGGAGGUCGAACAGAAUCAGCAGAAGCUCUGGCACCUCUUCCAGAACUCCGCGACUGCCGUGGCGCAGCUAUAUAAAGAUCGCGUGUGUCAGCAGCAAGGGCUGUCACUGUGGGUCCCUUUCCAAAACGCCGCGACAGCUGUCACCAAUCUUUAUAAAGAGAGUGUGGAUGCCCAUCAGAGGAGCUUUGACUUAGGAAUUCAAAUUGGCUAUCAACGGCGUAAUAAAGAUGUGCUAGCCUGGGUAAAAAAACGGCGAAGAACUAUACGCAGGGAAGAUUUGAUCAGCUUUUUAUGUGGGAAAAUACCUCCUCCUCGGAAUUCCCGUGCUCCCCCACGACUGACUGUUGUAUCACCUAAUCGUGCAGCUGCAGCGGAAACUGACUCUUCUAUAGAAACUGAUCUGCAGCCCUUCAGGGAAGCGAUAGCGCUCCAUGGUUUGAGUGGUGCAAUGGCUAGCAUUAGUGUCCGGUCGAGUACCCCAGGCUCACCUACUCAUGUAAGCAGCAGCUCCAACACUACCCGUAGGAGAAAUGGACUCCAUGAUGUGGAUUUGAACACAUUCAUAUCAGAAGAAAUGGCACUCCAUUUGGACAAUGGUGGUACCAGAAAGCGAACCUCAGCCCAGUGUGGAGAUGUCAUUACAGACUCGCCAACCCAUAAACGCAACCGAAUGAUUUAAACUGCAAAAACCUAAAACCCACCAUGCUGCUUGAAAGCCACUUAAUCCUCAACAUACUGUUUAAAAAAACAAAAAAAAAGGAACCACAAGGGUCAUUUCCCCUUUUCGUUGUUUGAGAAAAAAAAUAAAGCAAUUAGGAUUGCCAUAAAGGAAGGGUUAUUUAAUAAGGGUAUUGUAGGUACCUCUUGUAACUGUGGCUUUUGUAAACUAUAUAAAUAUUAGAGGACAAUAUAAACUGUUGUAGUUGUCAAAGAUCAUCUUAAGUGAACAUCUAUCAAUUUAAUGGAAGUGGCCUUAUUGUAUUUGCAAAGGGAAAAUAUCAAUGUAUUCAUUCCUUGUUAUUUUUCUGAUAUAAUUUUCUUCCCUUCUCCCUCUGAUGGCUUUAAUUGGCCCUGUCACCAAGAACAUUACGCUACAGCUCAAAAAUGCCUGUAUGCUGUAUUAUUCAAUUACACGUGGUAGUUUUAAAGAUAUUUGCAAUAAACGAUACACACUUAGAUCAUCUCGCUGAAAGAAACCGAACAUGUAUCUGGGCUGAUGCUGACUACAUCCUGCAUGCUCUAACAGCUUUUUAAGUCUUAAAAUUAUUUUUUUGUUUGUUUUUUUAACAGUGCAGGGAACAAUAGGAGGUUCACAUCAGUGCACUGUUUCAACUAGGUUCACAUCUCUUAUUACAGAUAUUCUGACUUGGGCUUUUAACAAUUGUAAACACAACAUAUAGGCAUUUUUCAGUCUAAUGGUCAUAUUUUAUUUUUUACGACAGUGCCACUUAGAAUACAAAGAACUUUAUUGGAUUCACUGUUGUGUAUUAAUAAAUGGCAUUUACGAUUUUCAUAGGCUUUGGAAAAUACAUGCUAGUUGUAUCGGUGUGAGCUAAUUAUGAACUGUUCAAGCCACAGUAAAGUUUACCUAACCAGAACAUUUUUCACUCGGUAUGUUCAUUUUUCUUGGGUAAUGGCUACUUGCAUUGGAAUCCUAUGUAUAUUCUCCAUACCUUUAUACCAAUUUUGUAAAUGCUUUCCUUAAACCCCCUAUAUGUCUGAUGGUACCAAGAAAGAUCAGAUUCUAGGGUAACUGGAUGGAAACACAAUUUUGAUGUGGUUAUUAUGAUUACAAAAAUGGCUUACAUUUUUAUUCUAUAUGUGGCAUGCCAUACUAAACAGUCUGCUCUAGCUUCCUUUUACUCAAUAAAUGUAGGGUUUUCCCUUUUUUGCACUUA